CGGCCUAUAAGUGGGGGCCGAGUCUGACACUCGAAACGUCACGGCUCCUGGAAUCCGUUGCACGGGCCUAGGACUUCGGUCGGUUCGUAGCUGUUGGUCGGUUCCCUCCUUCUCCAGGAAGAAAAAUGGCAUCCAUUGCUGUAGCACCACAGCCGAGUGUAGUGGCCAGGGUGGCCAACCUCCCCUUGCUCAGCUCCACAUAUGACAUCGUCUCCUCGGCUUACAUCACUACCAAGGAUCAGCAUCCAUACCUGAAAUCAGUGUGUGAGAUUGCAGAGAAGGGUGUGAAGACCAUCACCUCAGUGGCUGUGACAAGUGCUCUGCCCAUCAUCCAGAAGCUAGAGCCACAGAUUGCAGUUGCCAAUACCUAUGCUUGUAGGGGGCUAGACAAAAUUGAGGAAAAACUUCCUAUUCUGAAUCAACCAACGAAUGAGGUUGUUGCCAGUGCCAAAGGUGCUGUGACUGGGGCAAAAGAUGCUGUGACAACUACUGUAACCAGUGCCAAGGAGUCUGUGACCAGCACAAUCACGGGGGGGGUAAUGGAUAAGACUAAAGGAGUGAUGACUGAUGGUGUAAAUAAGUCCAAGUUCUGUGGUCAAUGAUGCAUCAACUCAGUUUUGGGAAGUCGGAUGAUGCAGCUGGUGAACAAUGGAGUAGAAAAUGCCCUUGCCCAGUCAGAACUGCUGGUAGACCAAUACCUUCCUCUCACUGAGGAAGAAUUAGAGAAAGAAGCCAAGCAAAUGGAAGGAUUUGAUACUGUUCAGAAGCCAAAUUAUUAUAUUAGACUGGGAUCCUUGUCUUCCAAGCUCCGCUCACGUGCCUACCAGCCCCUUGGCAGGGUUAAGGAAGCUAAGCAGAAAAGCCAAGAAACCAUUUCUCAGCUCCACUUCACUGUAAACAUGAUUGAGUUUGCCAGGAAGAAUGCACACAGUGCCAACCAGAAGCUCCACGGUGCUCAGGAUAAGCUCUAUCUGUCAUGGUUAGGGUGGAAGAAAAGCAUUGGUUAUGAUGAGACAGAUGAAUCCCAUUGUGCUGAGCACAUCGAAUCACGUACUCUUGCUAUUGCCCGGAACCUGACACUUCAGCUGCGGACCACAUGUCACACGCUCCUGACCAACGUCCAGGGUUUACCACAGAACAUCCAAGAUCAGGCCAACCACUUGGCCGUGAUGGCUGGUGACAUCUACUCUGUGUUUCGUGGUGCCGGCUCCUUUAAAGAGGUGUCCGACAACCUUCUCACUUCUAGCAAGGGGCAGCUGCAGAAAAUGAAAGAGUCCUUAGAUGAUGUGAUGGAUUACCUUGUUAACAACACGCCUCUCAACUGGCUGGUAGGUCCCUUUUAUCCUCAGCUGACCGAGACCCAGAAUAUGCAGAACCAAGGUGAGGACAGAGCCAACUAGGAGAACUAGCAGUCUGAGCACAAAACACAUUAAGCCUGUCUCUGUCACCAGUGCCUGGC